AUGGCAUUUCUAAGAAAACUUGUUCGACCUCGCUCUUUUCAUUUUCCACUUUCACACCUCUUUCCUCGGUUCCUUUCAAUUGCUUCAAACCCCCUCAAGAUAGUUUCAACAGGGUCAUUCACUGAGUUAAGAGAGAGUGGUGGUUAUUAUCGAGAUAAGACUCACUUCAUCACUAAAAUAGAAGAUCUUGAAGCUCGUGCCAUACUCUCCCUACGUCCUCGCAAAAACCCUACAAAAUUAGCAUCCUCAUUCCUCGUUCUGAAACUCAAUUUUGCUGGACUUCGUACCAAUUCAACAUUCGAAAUCUUUGAGGGGAAUUUUCACACAAUUUUGAAUGUGGAAAUAUCAAAAUUUAUGAAUCAAUAUCAACAAGAGUUGGGACGCCAUUUUCAAGUUAUUGACGAAAAUACAGAUGCUUUGGGGAAUUUCGGAAGGUUACUGAAUGCUGUAAUACUGAGUGGUCACAAGCUCUAUGUUUGCAUCGAUGAAUAUGAUGGUGGUAUGAAUGAAGCCCUCAAAAACGAAACACUCCUCCAAGUUAUCACCAAUCAUCACAAAAACGAAGGUGACUCAGCUAAAAGCAAGAUCGAAAAAAUUGAGAGUUCAUUCAAACAAUUCUACAGUCGUUUGAAGUAUGCUUGUGAUGAAGGCAUAGCUCAUGUUUUCCAAACUGGGGUGACUCCCGUUGCUAUGGCCGAAUUCACCUCAGGUUUUAAUAUUUCGAAAGAUCUAGCAUUAAGAGAAGAAUUUUGGGAUUUGUAUGGGUUCAAGAAGUCGGAAAUUGAACUUCUCUUAGACAAUUCUCUUGGUUUGCCAUCAGAUGUUAAGGGGGAGAUAAUGGAAUGGUUAAAGGAGGAAAAUGAUGGGUAUUUUUUUAACUCUGAUCAAACUGAAGGUAUUUUUAACCCUGCUCGUGUCUUAUACUGUAUUGAGAUGUUGAUGGGGAAAAAAAAGAAACUUAUAGACGAUGAUUAUAUCAAUUACUGUAAAUAA